GUGUGGAUAUUUAGCUUUUUACGAUUAAUGGUAUGCAUGAAAACAAACGUGUUGGCUAUAGCUAAAAGCGGGCACUGAAAAAAUGUUAGCUAGGCCAUCUAAGCUAGUUAUUGUAGCUAAGUGCGAAGGCAAAUUGAAUUUCAUUUAAACUAGCCAUAUCAAAGAUGCACAAAUUGUAGUUAUUUUAACAUACGCUAUGUUUAUCGAACGAAUAUAGUUAACUAGCUAGGCAAACUAACCUGGCAGAUACAGAACAGAAUAACAAGUUAGCAGGUAGCUAACAAGAAGGACCGAUAUCUGUGCCAGAAGAAUUAAACGUAUCUAUUUAGGUCGAAAUAUCAGUGUAGGUUUAUAAUAAUAUAGGUAGAUGGCUAACGCAUCCUGUCUGUUAACAUAAUCCAAAGAACGCGGACGAAAAAACGAAUGUUACAGUAGUUCGCUCAACCUGCCAACUAGGCUCGAGGUCAUCAGUUAGCUAUCUGCUACUAAUUUACUGUAUGAAUUUGUAAACAUGUAUUUUUACGGGAAGGCCAGAGUUGUCAUUGACCGCCUUGGACUUGUUUGAUCCUAAUAAAAGUUACUGAUCGUACCAAGCUAAUACAAAGUAUGGUUCGUUCGUAAAUCUACUCCGAUUUUCACAGGACUUUUAGUUUGAGUACCAGAGGCCGCGGAAUAAUUGAGAUAUUUACAAACGCCAUUAACUUUGUUAUGACCGGUUCUUAUGUGAACCCAAUAGCUGCAUCACGUGCCAAUGGACCCGCACCCAAUGCAGGACCCUCUAUCCAGGAUUACCUGAGCAGACCACGGCCAACAUGGGAAGAGGUGAAGGAGAUCAUAGACAGGAAGAAGAAAGGCUCCAGAGCCCUGGCGGACUUUGAGGACCAAAUGAACGAGAAUUGGAAGAAGGAGCUGACGAAGAACAGAGAGAAGUUACUGGGUGGCGUUGACAAAGACAAGGAGAAAGAGGAGAAGAAAGAGGUAUGCUUCCAGUUCCAUUCAUGUUUAACAUUUGAAUACAACCAUUUUGUCUUACUGUAUCUACUUCUCACACCACAUCUGUGUUUUGUGUUUAGAAAAAGAAGAGAGAGAAAGGAAGGAAAGGAAAGAAAUCCAACAGGCAGCUCUUCCUCAGACUCUGAAGACGAGAAUGAAAAGAGCGCCAAAAGGAAAAAGAAGCGGUCCUCCAAGAAAGCAUCGGAUGUCUCUACUGUAGAAUUGGAGCCCGACGGCAAGGGUGAGAAGAGCCGCAGGAAGAAGAGGAAAGCUGAGCGAAGUCGUAAAGACUCCUCAGAGUUGUCCGCUGACUCCGACAUGGAGGUUGGUGAACCCAAGAAGAGGAAGAGAAGUAGUGAAGAGAAGGAGAAAGACAAAAUGACAGCAGACAAAUCAAAGAAGAAGAGGAAAAAGAAGCACAAGAAACACAAAGGAAGAAGAAAAAAACAUCUGAUGCAGAGUUAGACUAGCGGUGUGGCUCUGUCCACUAGUAGAGAGCUUCUGCCUUCCAACUACCAACAAAUCCCACCUGGGCUGCCCCCAUGACUGGGGUAGUUGGUGCACUAUGGGAACUGCUGGCUUGAGAGUAUUAAACUAAUACCGUGUUCAAAACAACUGGGAACCUGGGGGGGAACAAGCUCGUUUUGAACGGUCAUCCAACUCGGAAUUCCAAGUCGGAAACUCGGGCAUCUUUCGAGAACUGACUUUCUGACCUGAAGAUCACGGACGUUAUGAUUUGGCCUCGUUUAUUUUCCGAGUUCCCAGUUGUCUUGAAAGCAACAUAAGGACUGGUGAACUAGAAUCAAACCCUCUGUGAAAACGUAUUAUUUUUGUUAGCAGAGUUUUUAUCCAAUCUAAAUAAACGUCAAUAAGGAAACCACAAGUCGUCAAGUGUGGCCCAACUGAACUGAAAAAUGUGCCUAUGAAAAUGUACUUCCAUUUUGUACAUCCUUGGUGUGCUGGCCUUCUAUGUAUAAUUUUUUUCUUCUUUCUAAAACUGCAUCGCUAGUUACACAAUGAGGUAAUUUUGGGACUUUUAUGCCUGUGCCAUGAUGCGUGUAAUCUGAUAUGAUGGACACUUCUCUUGCCAUCCUCAUAAAUUGGGAUUCUAAAAAUACAAGUCAAAUGGUCAUAAUCACAAGGGACAAUCUGUUAAAUGUAAUGAGUUAUACAACUAUGAAUGAUAUCAAUAAAUUAAUCUGGUUUCAUUAUUAAA